AUGGCGCGACCAAAGUUUUUGCAGCCUAUCGCCUCGAAGGCGCCUGUCAACAGCAGCCAGACUGCUCUCGACAUUGCUCAGGCUGAGGCUCCCAGAUUCGAAAAGGUUACCUGGUACAAGGAGCCUCAUCUUCGCAAGCUCUACUUCCUCAUUGUUUUCCUGUUAAUUGCUUCGGCCACCACUGGAUACGAUGGUAUGAUGGUCAACACUUCCCAGCAGAUGGACAAAUGGAAGGAGUUUUUCCCUGAGCACACAAACGAAAGCAAGCUUGGUAUCCUCAUCAACAUGUACAACAUUGGUUCCAUUGUGUCCUUCUUUAUUGUCCCAUAUCUCGCUGAUAACUGGGGCCGAAAGCCCACUAUCAUGACUGGAUGUGUUAUCAUGAUUGCCGGAUCCUUCGUCUCUGCCUUCUGCAAUGGUUACGGCAUGUACAUGGGAGGUCGGUUCAUUCUCGGUUUCGGUAACUCGUUGGCUCAGAUGUCCUCUCCUAUGCUUCUCACCGAAAUCUGCCAUCCUCAGCACCGUGGUCCUCUCACUGCUGUCUACAACUGUCUUUGGAACUUGGGUUCCCUGAUUGUUUCCGUCGUCGGCUGGGGCACUGCUUCCAUCAACGGCAACUGGUCAUGGCGAUCAAUCACCUUCAUCCAAGCCGUCCCCUCCAUCAUUCAGCUUUGCGGUAUCUACUGGGUUCCUGAGUCUCCUCGUUUCCUCAUGAACAAGGACAGACCGGAAGAGGCUCUCGCAGUUCUCGCCAAGCACCAUGCUGGUGGUGACGUAAACAAUGCCACAGUCCAGUUCCAGUACCGUGAGAUUAGGGAGACUAUCCAGGCCGACAAAUCAACCAAGUCUACCAGAUAUGUCGAUUUUCUCAAGACCAAAGGCAACCGAUGGCGCCUCGCUAUCAUUAUUUCACUUGGUAUCAUUUCCCAGUACUCUGGAAACGCCUUGUUCUCCAACUACAUGGAUGUUAUCUACGAAGGUGCUGGUAUCAAGGAGCAGAACAAGAAGCUUGCUCUCUCUGCAGGAAAGACUAUUCUUGAUCUCGCCAUCUCCAUUGGUGCUGCCUUUACUGUUGACAAAGUCGGACGUCGUCCUCUCUUCCUUACCGCCAUCUCCGGUAUGGUCAUGGGUUUCGUCUUAUGGACCAUCACUGGUGGAAUCUACGAGAACUCGCAGUACACAACUCCUCCCACCAAGGAGAACCCUGACGGCGGUGUCGCUUAUUCCAACACUGGCGCUGGCUACGCUCAAAUUGCCUUUGUGUGGCUCUUUGGUAUCUUCUACGAUAUCGGUUUCUCGGGUCUGCUCGUCGCCUACGCCCUGGAGGUCCUCCCCUUCCACCUUCGUGCCAAGGGUAUGAUGAUCAUGAACAUCACCGUCCAGGCCAUCCUUGCUAUUGGAAACCAAACCAACAAGCUUGCAUGGAACAACCUUCCCAACCACUGGAACUUCAUGCUCUUCUACACCCUCUGGGACACCUGCGAACUCAUCUUCGUCUACUACUUCUACAUCGAGACCAAGGGACCCACCCUUGAAGAAAUCGCCCGUAUCUUCGACGGUGAGGAUGCUGUUGCUCACAUCGAUCUCGCUCAAGUCGAGAAGGAGACCAGCCUUACCCGACACGAGUCCAACUUUGAUGACAAGGCGUUUUCUUGA